AUCGACUAGAAGUACAUCUUCUGCAGCUUGUCCGUCGUCACGGAUCGUACGCCAGCUGCCGGAUGCAGUUGCACAGCGUCGGCGUGUCCGCAAAGCUGCAACAGAGCAACGUUAUUGUAACAGUUUAGAUAGAUUCCCUGAAAAACUCACGUCUUGAUGGAACAUUUCUGCUAGAAAGCUAUAAGAAUAUCCAGCUCUGUAAGAACUCUGCUAGAGUCCUGCUAGAACGUCAUGACUGGGCAAAACUUCGAGACACUUUGAUUUUGAGGCAAAAUUGAAAUAACUUUUUUUGAGCGUGUGUUGUGUUUGACGUCUAGAUCUGUCACACACGGGGCAUCGCAUGUUUAGGUCCCAAAGGGAUCAAAACAAAGCAAAUACCUUCUCGAAGGUACGGCCAACGUUGAUCGUUCCGGCCGGAAUACCGUUCGGAAUAGCCCCGCCACUGAUGCCCGUAAUCGUUGAUCUCCGCCGGAAUGCCAUCGAUGCAUCAGCCUCCGCAGGGGUGACUUCCGGGGAUCUAAGCCGACGCUUAUUUCACGGCCAUAUAAUAAUUAUCACCGCCACCAUAAUAACCGACGCCGGGAAGACCACCGGGAGUGGGCCGAGGUGCAUCAUUACCGUAUUUAUCGGGAACAUCAGCAAUAAGGCGCUCGAUCCGAUGACCUAGGAGAUCUUGGCGUCUUGAAGGACCUUGAUCAACCGGAAGCACGUGUCCAAGUUCAAGAACGCCAAGAACAAGACGCUGCAUGACGACCAUAAAUGAUCGGACAGGAAACGCAAUGUUCGGUGACGACAAAGCGUUGGACUUGAUUGCGCGAAUUCUAGAUGAGUAUCGGAACGACCUGAUGGGUAGCGGCGACGAUCUCGACGGCGUUGGAAGCAGUGGCAAAUCUGGAAAAACGCAAUCCCCGCCGGAAUGCCACCAAUGAAUCAGCUUUCUUCCGGGGGAAUUGAGGGCCGGGAUUCCUUCCGGGGAUCUGGAUCGGCGGUCGGUUCGCGGCCACUGAUCUACAACAACAACAACAAAAUCACCGCCACCGAUGGUGCCGGUGCUGUCCGGCUGCUGCACGACAAGGAAAUCGACGGCAAGAAGCUGGUCGCGAAGGUGGAUGCCAAGACGAGGUCCUGCUCGAUGACCACAAGGAGGAGGAUCAAUUGGUGCCUCGGACGGACCGGAAACGAAAUGUUCGGUGACGACGAAGUGUUGGACUUGAUUUCGCGCAUUCUAGACGACCUGCGGGUGGCGGCGACGAUCUUGGUGAAAGCGGCGACGGCGGCAGUGGCAGAGGACGUGGUAAAUCCUGAAAAACGAAACGGAACCUACAGACACAGGAGGAAGCACAAAAGUUUCGAGACGCACGCGCUCCUGCAAGGUGUUGCCCAAGGCGAAUUCUAAGAUCAUUCUCCACCCCCACCCCCAUCGUAGUCAUCUUUUAUUAUAGAAUUGUAAAAAACAUAAGUCAUACAAAAAAAUAAAGAAAAAA